AGCACUUCUAUGUUUGACAGCUCAAAUUUUAACAACUGAAUAGAAUAGAAUAUUACACAUGGAGCCGGGUAUUUGUUAUAUUAAGCCAGAGUAUUUGAUAAGUGAAGCCAAUGGCGGCGGGCAGACAACGUCAAAUGACGGCGAUUCAAACAAAAGAAAGCACGAGGAAGAAGCAGACGCUCAAAACGAGACUGGCAACAAACGCGGAGGAGGGAAAAAGGAACGAAAACGUGGGCAAAACAAGAACCGCCCCGUAUUCAAGGACGAGCGUUUUUCGCAUCUCUGCCACUCGUUGAUAGAUGGACCCGGAGGAGAAACAUGCACGUUGGCCAAUUGUCGCUAUGUACAUGACUUGGACGCCUACUUGGCAGCCAAGGGCGAGGAUCUGGGCAACGAGUGUUAUGUGUACGCAACCAAAGGCUACUGUGGCCGCGGUGUCACCUGUCGUUUUGCUAAGUCGCACACAGAUGCACAGGGAAGGAACAUGAGAGGGAAGGACUACGAUGAACAGAAGCCGCUAACCACGUGCAAUGGCAUCAGUGCAGAACUGCAAGUGCGAUUGCGAAAACACGACUAUGACUUUUCUCGCAGUAAGGAAGUUAUUAAACAAGCGGAAAAGCUGCGCGACGAGAGGAAGCAACAGGCGAAAGAGAAAGCGGAAACGGCAGAGGAGGAGCCCCGUCAAGCGGAUGUAGAGCCGGCUAUUGGCAGUGCCAUUGAUGACUCUCCAAGUGGACGUGAUGCUCCUCGCAAGCCUGUCAUUGAUUUCCGUGAAAAACUUGUGCUGUCGCCGCUGACAACGGUUGGGAAUUUGCCAUUUCGACGCAUCUGCAAGGAGUUUGGCGCGGACAUCACGUGCGGGGAAAUGGCAUGCGCUGUGCCCCUGCUUAAGGGCCUAGGACAGGAGUGGGCGCUGACCAAGCGUCACGAGACCGAGGACAUCUUUGGCGUGCAGGUGUGCGGUAACAAUCCCAAUGUGAUCACACAAGCGGCACAGGUGCUGCAUGAAACAGCUCGCGUGGACUACAUCGAUCUGAACAUUGGUUGUCCCAUCGAUCUCAUCUACCAGCAGGGCGGCGGCAGCGCCUUGAUGAGACGCACCAACAUCCUGGAGCUGGCGGUGCGCAGCUGUGCGGCCUUAUCCGACAAGCUGCCCUUCACGGUCAAGAUGCGAACGGGUGUCUAUGCGGACAAGAGUGUGGCCCAUGAGCUGCUGCCUCUGGUAGAAGAGUGGGGUGCCUCAGCGGUGACGUUGCAUGGACGCUCUCGAGAGCAGCGGUACACAAAGUCAGCCAACUGGACUUAUAUUGAGCAAUGUGCGGCGCAGGCCAAGCACAUGCCCGUCAUUGGCAAUGGAGACAUUCUCAGCUAUGAGGAUUAUGUCGAACGACGUGCGCUGGCUCCACAUGUCAACUCCGUGAUGAUUGGACGCGGGGCCCUGAUCAAGCCGUGGAUAUUUGAGGAGAUCAAGCAGCAGAAGAUCUGGUCACCCACAUCCACACAGCGCUUUGAGAUGCUGCGUCGCUAUUGCAACUACGGACUGGAGCAUUGGGGCUCCGAUACAAAGGGUGUGGAGAGCACACGACGUUUUCUGCUCGAAUGGCAGUCGUUCCUCUAUCGCUACAUACCCGAGGAGUUGCAGCUGUCGCCGCCACAAAAGAUCAAUUCCAGACCACAAAAGUAUCGUGGACGCGAUGAAAUGGAAACCCUAAUGAGCUCAUCCAAUGCUGCCGAUUGGGUUAAACUCAGUGAAAUGCUGCUCGGACCAGUUCCCCAGGGAUUCAGCUUUGUGCCCAAACACAAGGCGAACGCCUUUUAGGUCGGAAAAAUAUCCCAGUUAAUAUUGUUAAGUUUUAGAAAGUUUUCCUGUUUGAAAUAUUCUACACAAAGUCUUAUAUCAUUUUGUAAUAAAUGCGUUAACCAUACUAUAG